AUGGCCAGUCAAGCUAUCUCCAUUGCGUCUACGCCUACCAUCCCGCAGGCGCGCGCUCCGCACCUGAUGCCUUUCCAUAUCGCACAUACUGGUCCAGCUCCAGUAAACGUCUACUUUCGUCCACGUGCGGCUACAUCUGGAACGCCUGGGGCACCUUCUAUCGCUGUAUCUCCGAACGACAACUCAGCAAUAGCGGAAGGAAAGUCUCAAGCCAAGACAUCCCCAAUUCUUGCUGCUAAUCCCGCUGAGCCACCGAGGCAAACGGCUACCUUUCGCGGUCGCGCGCUCCACUCGCUUCCUGUGGUUCUACCCGAAGGCUAUGCAGGAAUUAUCCUCCAAGGAGGCGCUGCUGCUGCGCCCAGCAACGGAGCCAAGUCAGCGCCCCGUUCUCGUUCGCGGCGUCGUGCUGCGGACGAAGAUGUAGAAAUGCAACAGAAUGGGGUAGAUGAGGGUGUAGCCGAGAAGGGGAAGGUUUUGAAUGCCGCCGGACGCUUCGACAGCAUCACCUUAUGGCAUCCCGACAUCCCAGCUGAUGAAGGACGUGACGAAUAUGUGCGCUCACUGCGGGAGUGGAUUGCGGUCGCAGCAGAGGUACACAAAGUCGAAGAUGACUAG